AGGAGACUUAAUAUCGAGUCACCCAAACUGGCUUUCUUUGAGCUUAGAGACAGGGCAGUGGAUUGGCUUGGAACUACAACAGAUAGAUAUACAAGGGAGGCCACUGUGAAGACCGUAUCAGCAGAGACCAAUGUUCUUGAACUCCUGAAGAAGCAAACUGCGCAGAUAGAGGCUCAACAAACGCAAAUAAACAAGUUACAAGAUCAGCUAAUCAACGGCAGAGGACAGAUGCCAGUGAGCCGGUAUCAGCCAUCAAAUGGAAGACAAGAUCGGCGUUGUUAUGUUUGCGACCAACCAGGCCACUUCAAGCGUGAUUGCCCACAAAGAGUAAGAAGGUCUAGCAAUGCCAACAAGUUCAAUCCUUUAAACGAAAGGAGCCCAUCGUCAUGAGUCAGACGGUGGGCGGCCCGUUCAACGACUCGUUCCUACAGAAAGCAGUUGGAAAGUGCCCGGAAAUUUCAGUUAGGGUAGGUAAUGUUAGCCUUAGAUGUCUUAUCGACA